UUGGCUCGAGACGCGCGGCCAGCCUCCCGCCUCUGGCGCCUGCCGCCGCCUAGACCCUCGCGGGUCGGAGGCCCCCGCCGCGAGGAAGCCCGAUGGCCCCCUCGGCGCGACUCGCGCUGGCCGCUGGUCAAGCUUUCUUGUGCCGCCUGGCGCUGGCAGACAACACGGUCGACUUCGAGGCCGUCCCGCGUGGCCGCCGCCUCACGUUCGAGGACUAUACCUUCGACGAGGACUUGCCGCCUGACCGUCCGGUCACCGACGCACAGUUCUUCGACCCUGACUUCAGGCAGGGCGUGUUCCAGGAAUGCGGUGGCAAAGGUAAGAUAACGUACAAGUGCGAGGAAGGUUGCAGUUGCGAAGUCAAAGACGGCAACGAAUAUUCCAAGCGGUGUACGCCCCCAGAGGGAAAGAAGACGUGCAGCGCCAAAGUCGCCAAGCUAAUGUUGAGCAAGCAGGAGGACAAGGCCCCGACCACUCUGGUGGAAGAGUUGGACAGGUUGGUGAAGACGGCCGAGAAAGAGAAGGAGGACUCAGAGGCCGAGGUGAAGAGAUGGGCCAGAAAGGCGGUGGUCGCCAAGAAGGAGGCAGACGCUGCGGAGAAGGCGUUUUAUGCCGCCGAAUCAUCGGACACACAGCGGGUGAAGACUCGGGAGAACGAUCUGAUCGAGGAGCUCCACGAGAUGCGCACCGAGGUCAUCCCGCAGAAGACCAGGGAGGUAUGGGAAAAGUACGCGAAGGUCAUCUCUGAGGCCGAGGCGAAGGUGGAGAAAGCCAAGGCCGAUUUGGCUACGGCCUCCGAGGAUCUUGUGAAGAAGUCGAAGGCUGACGAUCAAGUCUUGAAGAAGCUCGCGGCGGAGGUCAAGGAGAUCGAACAGAAGAAAGCCGCGAUGGAGCUGCCCGCGAAGGCACGAAAGGCCAUGGCCGGGGACGGCGUCUUGCAGAAGGAAGCCAGCGCCGCGGACGCAGAAGAGUGAGCUGGGCGGGCGCCCGGCGCUAAUCGAUCCAUCUAUCUAUAUAUAUAUAUAUAUCUACCGCGGGGACGGUUGGCACAAGGACGCGGCAUUUAUUUGUUCGCGCACUACUUGGUGGCGGUUGGCGCCGUAGAUCGCAGUCAUUUGCUUCUACCCGCGCUGUUGCAGUGGCGGCAGUAACAGGUGGUGUUUAUUUGCCUGCCCCACACUGCAUAGCAGCAAGCGGAAGUGGAUGAUAUUGGUUUGCUUGCUGCAAAGCAAAGUACGUGGCAGCUCUUUGCCCGCCCACCGUUUUUCUGUUGGUGGCUGCCGCUUGGCUGCGCGCACCUGCCUAUCGACCCGGCGGCCCAUUCAUCUCCUCCUCCUCCUCAGUGGUGUUUUCCUAGAUUGAACGCUGGUGUACAGAUCGCAGUGUGCACGAAUUGAAGGCGAUGCACGAAUUCAAGGGGCCAAUGGUUGCCCAGCCGACCUUCCCCGACGCGCCGUCCCGGC